CUGAAUGUGACACGUGAUAGGCAGUACAGAUGCUUAAAGCAGGUACAGAUAUGUGACCAUGGAUCUGCCAACACAAGGAAGGUUUGACUAGGGCUGUUUUGGUAUUGUACAUCAUAAACCUGCCACCAAGUUGCAUAAGAUCUGCAAUGCAUGUGACGCUGCUACACGUGUGAAACUGUGCUGCAGUCCGGAGCUAGAGAGCACCCUUGGUAGAUGUACAAACUGUAUGUGUGGUACACCAGUAGUACACAGGCUACAUGUACACUUAGUCUGCAGAUUACAUCAUCACGAGUGCAGACUCCAUCAGUGAUAGCAUCAUCAGUACCAUAAUACAGUGCCUCAACGACUACUUCAGUGAAACAAGCAAGGUAAAGAGAAGAAUUUCAAGUAGUCAUCAGCCAUGACGGAUUCAGAUCUAGACAGUGUGAAGGUGUCUGUGAUCAGUCAUUCAGCACACAGUGUGAUGGAUCAACCAGUCUGCUGCCAGAGACACAAACCUGAACGCCCCCGCCAGGCCUACAGUGGAACAACCCGAUCCCAGACCCCAUCACAAUGGUCUCUCCGCAAGUUCAAGGUGGCGUUUCGGGACAUUGAUAUUGAGGAACUGUACCAGAAGUAUUGUGUGCGGAUGAGACAUCCCCUGGUCAUUACGCUGCUCACCGUCUUCCUCCUGUACUGUAUCUGUCAAGCUGCAUUCCACUUCUCUCACUGGACCCAGACUCAGGAGCAGAUAACUCAGGUUGUUUUCCUCUGCAUAGGGGGCUCUGUAAGCAUCGCUCUUCAGGUGCUACUCUGUUUGAAGAGACUAUAUGUGAGGUUGUCAGCUGUGCUGAGCCUGGCGGUCUGGUUUGUCUGUAUCGUCACGGUGAAUUGUUACUACAGCGUGGCUCGCUUCAGAUCGCCCUCAGACGAUCUCUUCAUCAUGCUCUACCUGGUGGCAGCACUCCACAUGAUGUUACCGCUGCCUCAGCGCCACUCCAUUCUGCUGGGAGGAGUCACCACUGUCUUACAGCUGACACUGUCUGCUACCCUUUCCAAGACACACAGAGAAUAUUUAGCGCUACAACUGGUUUGCAGCUUUAUCAUCCUGAUGUGUGCUAAUGUAUUAGGCCUGUACCAUAAAUACAUGACUGAUGUGGCUCACAGGAAAACUUUCCUUGAUGCGCGCAAUUUCAUGGAGUCAAAACUGCGACUCGAGAGAGAAAAACAGCAACAGGAGGAGUUGCUGGUCAGCUGUAUUCCAUCUAACUUGGUCAAGACCAUCAAAGAUCACCUUUGAAAUGUGCAGAGUCUGAGACAACCAAAGUGUACCAUGUUCCAUGACCUCUAUGUGCAACAUUACUCCGAUGUCACUAUUUUGUAUGCAGAUAUUGUGAACUUUACCCCACUGGCUGCAGACUGUUCUGCAUCUGAGCUCGUUCACAUGCUCAAUGAACUCUUUGGAAAAUUUGAUCAGUUAGCCCAGGAAUCUCACUGUACAAGGAUAAAGAUUCUGGGAGAUUGUUACUAUUGUGUGGCAGGGUUACCCAAACCUAAUGCUAACCACGCCACAAACUGUGUGAGAAUGGGCCUGAGAAUGCUGGAGGUCAUAGGUGAAGUGCGAGAGGCGACAGGAGUAGAGGUGGACAUGCGUAUUGGCAUUCACACAGGGGCCGUGUUGUCGGGAGUCUUGGGCCUCAAGAAGUGGCAGUAUGAUGUCUGGUCGGAUGAUGUCACCCUCGCUAAUCACAUGGAGUCCUCUGGUGUUCCUGGGAGAGUUCACAUCUCCCAAAGCACCCUGGACUGUUUGGACGAUCAGUUUGAAGUGGAACCAGGAGAAGGAGAUCAGAGAAGCUCAUUCCUGUCAGAUCUCCAUAUGAAAACCUACCUUGUCAAGCCUCAGAAACUCCAGCGGCGGAAGUUCCGUGCGACUCCAAUGCGUGGACGUUUGGACAGUAAUAUGAGAGCUUCUCUAAAGGUGACCAGGUACCUGCAGACCUGGGGGGUAGAGAAACCAUUCUCUAAACUGAGGCGGAACACCGUGGCCAAGAAGGUCUACAGUUCCAAGAGUUUUUCUGGGAUUGAACAAGAAGUGCUAGGGAAGACAAGAACACGUCCUCCAGAUUCACGAUCCAGUUUACAGCGUGAAAAGAUAGCCUAUAUAAAAGAGGUGAACAGUCAACUUGUGUCAGAGCUGGAAUACCUGGACACUCGUCAGCAGUGGUGCAACUCUGAAGAGUUUAGCCCUGUUCUUCUGAAGUUUAACCAGAGAGAAAUGGAGUCGGCUUAUGUCCACCAAGGGGAUCCCUCAUUCAGGUUUAGUCUCCUCUGCGUGCUCGUCAUCUUCACCUCACUGGGCUCUGUACAAAUCUUCAUGAUCUCCAGGUCUCUCAAGGUGGUUCUCACAUUUACUGUCAUGUGUCUCAGCCUUCUCACUCUGGUGUUGCUCACAUUUUCAAUCAGCAUAUUGAAAACAAAUAACAAGCUGUUUGGACUUUUCAACAAGUUUUCUGAGCUGAUAUCUGAAAACUAUGGGUUUCGACUUGGUUUAAGUCUCUUCACCAUCACACUGGUCCUGACGCUCAGUGUUAUCACUAUAACUGACUGUACGUCAUCUAAUAUCCCCCUGUCAUCAGCUAAUGCAACUGUUCAGCCUGGAACUGCUAGCUGUGAUUUCAUACCUUACUUUGUCAGCUGUUGUCAACUUUCCCUGAUGGCUUGUGGAGUAUUUCUGCGUCUCAGUUUUAUCAUCAAGUUUGCCAUCAUGGCCUUUGCUGUCCUGCUAUUCAGCCUUGGUAUCCACACCAUCUAGUACAGCCUUCAUCAUGUAUACCUCAGUCAGUGUGGCCACACAGGGUGUGACUUAACACUACAGACCAGGUCUACUCUCUACCUGCUGGUGCUGUUCGUCACACUUCACCUGCUAGACAGACAGCUAGAGUUUACCUAUCGCUUGGAUUUUCUGUGGAAGUGGAAGUCGCGGAGUGAGAUUGCCCAGGUGGAGCUCAUGGGGUCGGUCAGUAAGACACUGCUGGAGAAUGUGCUGCCGAGUCAUGUGGCAGAGCAUUACCUGAAGAAUGUCAGCAAGUCAGAAAGCCUGUAUCACGAAUACUACAGUUGCGUGACUGUCAUGUUCGCAUCAAUACCCUCAUUCAAGGACUUCUAUCAGCAGACGGCUGCCAAUAAACAGGGGCUGGAGUGCCUGCGUGUUCUUAACGAGAUCAUAGUUGCAUUUGAUACUCUACUGUCCAAAUCUGAGUUCAGCUGUGUGGAGAAGAUCAAGACAAUGGGCAGCACGUAUAUGGCAGUUACAGGCCUCCACCCCGGGGAGGGAAAUGAACAGGACUGUGUAAAGAAUGAGCAGCAUGUGCUUACCAUGACGGAGUUUGUCUUCACCAUGAUGGACCAGCUGGAGGAUGUCAAUAAGGACACAUUCAACCAGUUCAAACUCAGAGUCGGUAUCAACCAUGGCUCGGUGAUAGCUGGGGUGAUUGGUCCAUGUAAACCACAGUUUGAUAUCUGGGGUGAUACUGUGAAUGUGGCCAGUCGAAUGGACAGUUGUGGUCAGUCAGGAAAACUACAGGUUCCAGAAAAAACUGCUGUGAUUCUUAUAAAUGCUGGCUACCCUUACCAGUGUCGCGGAGAGAUAAAAGUGAAGGGGAAAGAACCAAUGAAAACUUAUUUUGUGUUCCCAAAGUGAGAAGGCUGGCUAAUACCAUGAGUGGAGAAAUAUGCAGAUGGUGAACAGAAGAGGAAAUCUGUUUACUUAAGGAGUGGAGAAAUAUGCAGAUAGUAAACAGAAGAGGAAAUCUGUUUGUAAAGGAGUAGAGAAAUGUGGAGAAGGUAAACAGAAGAGGAAAUCUGUUUGUAAAGGAGUAGAGAAAUGUGCAGAUGGUAAACAGAAGAUUAAAUCUGUUUGUAAAGGAGUAGAGAAAUGUGCAGAUGGUAAACAGAAGAGGAAAUCUGUUUGUAAAGGAGUAGAGAAAUACACAGAUGGUAAACAGAAGAGGAGUGGAGAAAUACGCAGAUGGUAAGCAGAAGAGGAAAUUUGUUUGUAAUGAGUGGAGAAAUACACAGAUUGUAAUCAGAAGAGGAGUGGAGAAAUACGCAGAUGGUAAACAGAAGAGGAGUGAAGAAAUACACAGAUGGCAAUCAGAAGAGGAAAUCUGUUUACUUAAGGAGUGGAGAAAUAUGCAGAUGAUGAACAGAAGAGGAAAUCUGUUUGUAAAGGAGCGGAGAAAUUCACAGAUGGUAAAGAAAAGAGGAAAUCUGUUAGUAAAGGAGUGGAGAAAUACGCAGAUGCUAAACAAAAGAGGAAAUCUGUUGUAAAGGAGUGGAGAAAUAUGCAGAUGGUAAACACAAGAGGAAUCUGUUUGUAAAGGAGUGGAGAAAUACACAGAUGGUAAUCAGAAGAGGAAAUCUGUUUACUUAAGGAGUGGAGAAAUAUGCAGAUGAUGAACAGAAGAGGAAAUCUGUUUGUAAAGGAGUAGAGAAAUGUGGAGAAGGUAAACAGAAGAGGAAAUCUGUUUGUAAAGGAGUAGAGAAAUGUGCAGAUGGUAAACAGAAGAUUAAAUCUGUUUGUAAAGGAGUGGAGAAAUAUGCAGAUGAUGAACAGAAGAGGAAAUCUGUUUGUAAAGGAGUGGAGAAAUUCACAGGUGGUAAAGAAAAGAGGAAAUCUGUUUGUAAAAGAGUGGAGAAAUACACAGAUGGUAAACAGAAGAGGAAAUCUGUUUGUAAAGGAGUGGAGAAAUAUGCAGGUGUUAAACUGAAGAGGAAAUCUCUUUGUAAAGGGGAUAAAUUAAUUGGCAGAUGAAGGAAAUACAUAUAAGUAACUGUGAAGCUGAAGAAGGGAUGCAUUUGGUGAAGGAAUGAAUAAAUUGACAAACGUCAAAAAGUGUAUUUGGCAAGGGAAUGGGAAACUACGAUGCUAAAGAACAGAACAGUUUAGUAAAGAAAUGAGGAAAUUAGCAAUAAUAGAAAUACAUUUGUCAUCAGAGAGAAGGGCAAAUAUGAAGUUUGAGGACAAAACAUGAAAAUAAAGGAGUAGAGAAAGCGAGAAAUUUAAAGCUCAUGAAAGAAAGGAAAUGAGCUGACUGAAAUCCAUUGCAGGCAAUUCUUAACAAUAAAACUGUAAUCUUUAUCAGGUGUGUAAAGAUGUGUUCUUAGAGUUUAGGGGUUUUAUGACUGAUUAUAAGCACAAGCUAGUGAGACGAGUCAUUUUAUCUCAGGUGGGGAGUGAACAUGUAGGCUGUCUUAAUGACUGAGUCUGUACCAUUAGGGCAGACCUUAUCCAAUGGCAGGUAAAUCAGUUCUGUGUAAUCAGAGUGCA